AUGUUAGCAAGGUAUGCAUUUAUCAUCUUAGUGUUUGCUUCUCAGAUCAUCGCAAACACUGAAACUUAUUUAUUGAAAAUUCCAUACUUUUUCGACAUUCCUCUACAACCAAAGAGCUUCGAAGACAGCUCAGGAAGUCAAAAAAAUUUCAUAACAUCUUUGAACGAUACACAUUCGCUAUUAUUAGACUACCCUAUUAUAACAAAAGACCAAAUGAUUCAGUUGAGUCCUAUAAAAUUAACGUACAAUACCAAUAAUGCUUUAAAAAGUACAUUGAUAAUAAGAAUCAAUAACUAUGAGAAUGCUACAUUCAACAACGAUGAUGUUCUAUAUAUUAAGGUUUGCUGGCCAGCAACGUCUCCUUAUAAUUUUAGCCUAAGUCACCGAUACAUCAAAUUGAGUAAUCUAGUUAAUAAAGCUGAGGAUUCGAUUAACUUGUUCACUAUCGUUGACUACCAAUUUAAUGCAUAUGCCUCAGAUAGGAAUUUUUUAUCUAACACUGAUGAAGUGAUAUUCCAAUUAUAUAUAUACAAGCUACCUUCAAGGUGGAUACCAAUCCCUUUGGAGUUAUUGGGUCCAAUAACUUACUUAGUAGAUUUGACUAUACUAAUUUGCAGACAUAUUCUACCUAUGUUUACAAGCUUUUUCACAUCAGAGAGAUGA